AUGGCUUGCAUCGCUACGCUCAGUAGCAGCGCCUCUCCGACACGCUUCCGUAUGCCUUUGCAAUCAUGCUCACUUCGGCGGCGGCGGCGGCAGCUGCUGCAGCUGCUGCUGCCACUAUCACUGCUCCUUCUAGCCUGCCUCAUUACUUCCACCUCAGCACAGACCGUCACCGAAGUCAUUACUCGCACUACAGGCUCUGCUUCGCUCAACAAACCCACCAGAACUGCCAUCCCGCCAGACGCGGAUCCAAGCGCCACUCGAUCCACCCCUGUCGUCACAAGCACCACCAUCCCCGAACUUGAGCUCUCCGGUCCCCAAGUCCCCUUCUUGCUCCAGAAGCCCAUCCCUGCUCAAUACGAUGACCUCUCUAGAAAGGUCGUCUCCCGCAUGAAGGACGUCUACUUCACCGGCUGCCCAGCCGACCAGGUCAAUUACAUCGAUCCCACCUUGCGCAUCAACAUCUCGGCCGUAUAUACCCAGUUCGACCCCGUCCUUGCCAGCGACAACCAUAUCGCCGACCAGACCUCCUACGAUUCCGGCGUGCUCCGCAUCGUUGCUGUCGGUGCUACCGACGCCGUCGGCAGGACGGUCAACACCAACGUCACCCCGCAACUGCUUAGCACCCUCUCUGUUGAAACGCAGUUUCUCACUUUUUCCGUCUUUCGCAAUGACUCGUACCUCUGUGACAGCCUCUAUCCGGUUGUACCUGAUCCCAACGCAACCGUCAUCAAUGGCGUCGUCGUUCAACCCGCCGGCUGUCUCUACGGCCCCGGCCAGGUCUCACUCGGUCUUGGCAUCCCACUCAACGACACGUACACUCUUGGCACGCUAUGGACCCGCAUUCGCCUCAGUGACACUUCCAGUCCACCCCUCGACAUUGCUUGCAUCGAAGUAUACGCCAGUCCUUAUGACCAGCAAAAGUGGUACUGGCACCUCAUCUUUUGGUUCCCCGUCGCUUUGGCUAUCGGCUUUUUCGUCGUCAUCGCUCUUGCACGCGUCUUUUGUGCUCUCACAUCUCACGCACGAGCUUUCAAGAACAAGGCCAGGGAAGGCAGCCAGCCCAACGUCAUCAAGGACACCAUUGCGCCUACCAUUGUAUCCGCCAUCUCGGGCCAGAAGCUCGCUCUCAGCGCCGCCCUCCUCCGCUUUGCAACUCCCGGAUGCUGGGACAUUAUCCUUCACACCCAAUUCGUCGCCGCCAUCUCCAUGAUCGCCGUGCGCUGGCCCGAGUUCUCCUACCCCUUCUUCAAACAGGCGGCUUGGUCCACUUUGACCGGCAACGUCACCAUCAUCCGCCCCGCCGAGCUUAACGCCGACUUUGACCUCGUCUCGACCAACGCAACUCUGCCAUCUGGAGACAUCAGCACCCAAUUCUCCAACGCCACUUCGCCCCUCUACAUGAACGAGCAGACCCCCAACCACUUGAUCAAUCUCGAUGGUGCACGUGCUGGCAUCCAGGCAUACGCGCACGUCGUGGGACUUCGCACGCGCGAUCUCUUUGGCACUUGCCUCAGCAUUUGGCUCUUGAUCGUCGCCGCCAUCGUCGCUCUUUCGCUGCUCGCUUGGAUCAUCGACUCGGUCCACGACACCGUCUUGCGCCUGCAGAAGCAUCGCGAAGACGGCUACAGCGUCGACGUCGCCGAUGCGCCUUCAGCCAUCGAGACCAAGGAGAUGGUCGACGCCGACGAUGACCAGCCGCGUUCGUCGCUCAGUCGUCGCGGAAGAUACCGUUUCCUCGGCGUGGGCAGAGCCGGAAAACGUCUGCUGUUUGGAUCGAGCGACAACACUUUCCACCUACUCAUGCUGCACGGCAACCUUUUGCGCGCCAUCUUCCUCUUCCACUUGCCUAUCACCAUCUUCACCACCCACCAGAUGGCCAACGCCGAUAUCUUCUCGGCCACCUCGGUCGCCCUCGCCGCCCUCGCGUUUGCGUUUCUCUCGGUCUUGGCUCCCGUCUACGUAGUCUUGUGCAUCAGCCGUGCACCUACCGCCAAGCUCUACGACUCGAUCGGUACGCUCUCGGCCUUUGGUCCUGUCUACAACAAUUAUAGCCCUGGUUCACAGCUCUUCUGCGCCGUCGACUUUGCCCGCUCUUUGAUCUUGGGUGUAGUGAUUGGUGCGGGUCAGGACAACGGAAGCGCGCAGGCCAUCAUCAUCCUGGUGUUUGAGAUCAUGUUUGCGCUCGCUUGCGGUCUGUGGCUGCCUUGGGGCGAAGGCGCCAUGAUGGGCCCUGUUAGCUUUGUCGCCAACGUGCUUCGCAUCUUUACCGCUGUGCUUGUCCUGCUGCUGAGCCCGUUGGUGGACUUUGGUCGCCAAGUCGAGGGCUGGUUGACGUAUGUCAUCCUGCUUAUACAAGGUAUCUUGUAUGUCUGCGCUGCAUUGAUCCUGCUGGUCAAAAUGGUAGAAGGCCUGGUGCGUCUCGGCGGACGUGCCUCGUUCGAUGAACGUGCCUCGUCGCGUCUCUCGGGCCUUGGCGGUGCGGUACGCAAGAUCCAGAAGAAACAGGAGAGCAAACUGCAGCUCAGCCACAAGGGCAACAAGAAGCGUCUUUCGCAGACUUGCCAGCCGCUCAAUCGGCGCGCGUCGACCAACACGCAGAGCGUCAUGCUCACCAGCCUGGGCAACGACGGUUCCACCGGCGAAAAUACUCCUGCGGGUCCAUCGUCACCGCGAAAGUUGAGCACCUCGCUGCCAUCUACCAUGUCGAUGAACCGUAUGCCUCUGCAUUCUCGCCAGGCCUCGUAUGUCUCGUACCUAGACUCGCAGUUGCACGGACGAAGAUCGCCUGCCGACAUGUUGGCGGAUGGCAACAGUCCUUAUUCGACGUAUCUGCGAGGCGAUCCGCACGACGAAGGCUAUAUUAUGGCAGCACUGCCACCCACCAUUGCGAGCGGUAGACCCGUGUCACCGCCACCGCAGCUGCAUCAGUGGAAUGGCCGACAGUCGCCCCCGCCACCCGGCCAGUCUGGAUUCGUCCGCAUGGGCGGCGGCCGCGCCACAGACACGGCGCCGUAUCAGGCGUUGCAUGCACAUGGUCCUCCUGCUCAGCUUCCAAGAGCAAUGAGCAGUGGCAGCAUCGAGCGCAUGUCUCCGCCACAGCAGUUGCAGUCCUUACCUCCACAACGCCGUGCGCGGCCUCAGUCGCAGAGCGUGCAUCCUGAGCCGUACUUUGACGCUCGUCGAACGUCGAUGCCGUCAUCGAAUUCGAACGACGGUAUGGGUCUAUCGAGCACCGAGGCUGCUGCACGCCAUGCCACCAUACGUCGUUAUUCGCAAGGUGCGCAACUGCGCGCCAGCCAGUCGAUCGCUGGCAUGAUGGCGGUUGAUGAAGAAGGACAACCGAUCGAGCCUGCUAGUAAGAAGCAAAAGCCCAAGUUUUGGAAACGACGAGAUACGCGUACGGACACGGACAGUGACGACGAUGACGAUGACGCUUACGGAAACGGAAACGGUGCAGAUGGCAGUGCAGCGUUCCGGUCUCGCGGCGGCUGGAGAGGUUUGAACAAGAUGAGCGUCGCCAUGUCCGGUCUGGCCGCGCGACUGGGAGCUGGCAAGCCGAGUGGAACUGUAGGUGAGGCAGGAGACAACAGCCUUGAGCCUCCCGCUUCGGAAGCGGAAGCAUCUGGCACAAGGCAGGGCAGUAGUGGAUUUGAAGUGGUACGUCCCCAGCGACCCAGAAGAAGCUCGGCUGCUGCAGAAAGAGCGUUGGACUCGGCAGCAUUGGCAGGUGCUGCAGCAGGAGCGACAUCGACGGUGCACGCUUCUCGUACGCCUACGGGCGUGCAGCCUGCUGGUAGCAGUCGUGGAGUCACUUCGGCUGCGGAUGCCUACUCGAUGCCAGUUCAGGAAGCACUGCAGCAGGCGCACCACGCCGCAGUGCUGGAUGAUUUUGAUGCGUCGUCUGGUACGCUGCCACCAGGAGCUGCCGAGCAAGCACUGCUCCUACCGUACCGCAGUUCGCACCGACCCACUUCGGUGAUUGUGAGCUCGAGCUCGAGCAAGCCAGCAGCGCUCAACGAAGACAUGUUUUGGGUGUCGUGCUCGUCGCCAGCAGCGUCUCAACCGCAGUCGCACGCCGCAUCUCGACCUGUCUCGAGGUCGUCUCCACACAUGAUGGCCGCAGCGCUCUGUGCUGCCGGAGACACGCGUGAUUCUCGUCAGCAGGCAUUGACGAGUUCUUCACGAGGCCGCAUCGCUGAGCCGAUGCAAGCCGAGGUGGUGAAUGCGGCUACGGAGGAAGUGGCUUCUGCGGAAGGAUUCGUAACUCCACCUGCGACCGGAGCGGAAGAGGCAUCGCGCAUGUUUGAUGCGGACGGCAAAUUGAUUUCGUCUGCUAUCAAUUUCAAUCAAUCUCCUUGCGCUUUGGCGGCGCCGUUAGUGGAGACGACCGAGGCGGCAAGAGGACCACCUCGCGUGUGGGAUGCUGCUCAGGCGUACCGCUGA